CAUCAUACACGUUACACGUGCUUAAGGCUUUAUUUAAACGAUAACCUCGUUUGUAGUUUAAAUACGAAACUUUCUUUAAACAGACGAUGGGUGGUUGGGUGAGUUAUCUUUGGUGGGGUGGUGAUCCAAAUAGCGUGAACCAAAAAUCAGGGUUAACUAGGAGAGACAUACAUGCAGUACAGAAAUCUUGGGCAAUAGCAAGCGCCAAUCCUGUAGCUACUGGGACUGAACUGUUGAAAAGACUUUUCCGUGCGUAUCCAGAGACGAAAGAAUUCUUCAAAAUGAUACGUAAGUUACCUGAAGAUCAAUACAGUCAGAAUCAUCAGUUUAAAGCGCACGUCAUCAACCUCAUGUCAUCGAUCAGCUUAGCAGUGGACAACCUCAAUCAGCCAGAAAUUGUCGCCGCCAUGAUGAACAAGCUAGGAGGAUCGCACGGGAAGCGAAAGAUACAAGAAAGACAUUUCCAUGAUCUAAAAGGGGUUAUAGUGAAAAUGUUCAUCGAAGUUUUGAAACUAGACGACAAGACCUUAGGUGCAUGGGGGAAGACUGUUGACUUCUGGUAUAAACAUAUCUUCGAAACAUUAGGAGAUGAAACAAGAUAACGCGCAUUCGAUCGGAUACGAUAAGACAAUAAUUAAGUAUCUUACUCAAAUACAACAUUUACAAAAGAAAUAUUAUAUCUAAAGACAUUUGUGUAAUAAUACAUUACUUAAGAAUUAAAAAAUAAAGACUAAAUGGCAA